AUGGCGAUGGAGGGGAUGAUGUCCACGUCUUCGGGUCUGUCUUAUCACAAUGCCGGGGACUUUUACCCCAGAAAGUUCGGCUCGAAGCCGGACGUGGUGCCGUCCGGGGUGACCGAGAGGAAGGUGGGCCCGCUGGAUAAACCUGACAUGGUGUCGGUGGAUGUGAUUAACAUCAAGGAUUCAGAUGUCCCUCUGCACAGGAAGAAGCAUGAGCACGACACGUACGUCUUGGGCACCAUCCAUCCAUUCAGGAAGACGCACAGAUCCAUCUUUGGGAAACUCCUGCAAGAAUUCAGACUGGUGGCCUCAGAUAGACGGUCGUGGAGGAUCCUGCUGUUCGGAUCACUCAACCUGCUGUGUACCGGCUGUCUGCUGAUGUGGUGCAGCUCCACCAACAGCAUGGCCUUAACUGCCUACACGUACCUCACCAUCUUUGACCUCUUCAGUUUGAUCACCUGUCUCAUCAGCUCCUGGGUCACCAUGAAGAAGCCCAGUCAGCUCUACUCGUUCGGGUUUGAAAGACUGGAGGUUUUGGCUGUUUUCGCCUCCACUGUUCUCGUCCAGCUGGGAGCCUUGUUCAUCCUGAAGGAGAGUGUGGAGCGCUUCAUGGAGCAGCCUGAGGUCCAUACCGGUCGUCUGCUGGUCGGGACGUUCGUCGCUCUGUUCUUCAACCUGUUGACUCUCCUGUCUGUGAGGAACAAACCGUUCGCCUACGUCUCUGAAGCGGCCAGCAGCAGUUGGCUUCAGGAACAUGUCGCAGAUCUGAGUCGAAGUUUGUGUGGUAUCAUCCCAGGUCUCAGCAGCGUGCUCCUGCCUCGUAUGAACCCGUUCGUCCUGAUCAACAUGGCGGGAGCUCUGUCCCUCUGCAUCACCUACAUGCUCAUAGAAAUCAAUAACUACAAUGCGGUGGACACAGCGUCGGCCGUCGCCAUCGCUCUCAUGACCUUCGGCACCAUGUAUCCCAUGAGCGUGUACAGCGGGAAAGUUCUGCUGCAGACCACGCCCUCUCACGUCAUUGGUCAGCUGGACAAACUGCUGAGAGAGGUGUCGACUCUGGACGGAGUGCUGGAGGUUCGCAACGAGCACUUCUGGACCGUCGGCUUCGGCUCGCUGGCCGGCUCUGCUCAUGUUCGUAUCCGCCGUGACGCCAACGAGCAGCUGGUUCUGGCUCACGUCACCAACCGGCUGCUGCCGCUCGUCUCCACGCUGACGGUCCAGAUCUUUAAAGACGACUGGACCAGGCCCCUCCUCAGCGGGACGCUCUCCGCCUCCUCCUCCCCCUCCGGCCCCCCUGCCGACGGCUACGCCCCCCUCUCCUCCUCCGCUCUCCCUCCUCUGCUGUUUUCGGGAGGAGAGCUGGACCCGCUGACCUCUACGCCCUCCAAACCCAGCAGCCCUCCUCCGGAGUUCUCCUUCGACACCCCGGGGAGGAACAUGCAGCCGAUGGUCCUCCCCGCUCCGGGACACCACGCCCACAGGCCCUACGGAGGCCUGGGACUCGCCUACGGUGCGUCUCCCUACGCGGGGAUGCUGAAUCAGGGCUUGGCGCGGCCCGGCGGCGGGCUGGGACUGGGUGUGCAGGGUCUGGGGGCCGGGUUGGGACUGGGUGUGGGUGUGGGCGGGGGCGGCGUGCCCUCGUCUCAGAGUUACAGGACUGCAUUCGGAGGGUCCACGGCACCGCUCCAGUUUGGAACCAGCAACCCUCUGGCUUCACAGUACAGACAAUACCGACCCUGACGGACCUGAACCGGGCCAGAGCUGUUCCGGCACUUUCAGACACUUGAGAACAUGAGGAGAGGUGGAGCUUCUCCUCACCUCACUUCACAUAUUUGGCGGACGCUGCAACAUGAUGAUGUCACAGGAAGCUGAGUGUGUUCUGGUGUAAAAUGUUGUAGCGUGAGUCAGAUGUGACUUUAGAGCAGAAACGAUGUCGUGUUUAUCUGCUGGGACCAAGAGGCGGAUCAUUAACUGUGGUCGGAUGAGGAGAGACUGAGACAAUAAGAGAAGCAACGUACCCGCAUACCUUGACCUUUAUUUUGAAAAUACAUAAACGGUGUGAGGAGCCAGAGAGGAAAUAAAACCUUCAAAUUAAAAAUCCAGCUUCACAUUUUAAAUGUGGCCAGUGAUUCACGGUCAAGCUGUAGGCAAAGAGGUCAAAGGUCAGAGGUGAAGUGUGUGCAGUGUUUCAGUGAUGAAGGAGGGAAAAGAGAAAAUCGCUUGAAUUUAAAUCAGUGAAUUGGAUCAAACUGGAUUCAGACAUGAAACCAAAACAACAUGAUUCUUUUAAUUUGAAAAUCAAAGUCUUUGCUCCUGGUUUUGGUCCAUCAUCCGCCGUCCACACUCAUUUUCUAAAACUCAUAUUUGUGCUUUUCUUCCACUUGAUUUGAAUUAAAUUUGCUUAAUACGA